AUGUCUGUGCGUGCAGCGAAACUGGCGCUGCGCAAGCGGAUGCGCGAGAGCCUCGCUACGCUAGCACGCCAUGACAUUGAAGUGCAAUCGGAACGUGUAUGCCAGCGUCUUCAAGCGAUGCCUGUGAUGCAGCAAGCGCAGCGCAUUAGUGUGUUUCUCAGCAUGCCUACCGCGGAAAUCGAUACGUGGUCCCUCUGCCGCUGGGUGUUGAGCCAAGGCAAGGACCUGUAUAUCCCACGCUUCUCUACGAUUGCGGAUGGCGCGCAUGCUACGACGAAGCACCAAUUCACAGAGAUGCAUAUGCUUCGCGUCAUGUCGGUCGACGAAUUGGAUCACGGGCUUACGCCCAACAAAUGGGGCAUCGCUGAGCCUUCGUGGACCCUGGAUAAUGGCGCACCUCGUGAGAAUGCCCUAGAGCCAACGAGCCGCGGGCUCGAUGUGAUUGUCAUGCCGGGCCUGGCGUUUGAUCGGCAGGGCGGGCGUCUGGGCCAUGGCAAGGGGUACUAUGACAAGUAUCUCCUAGACGCUCGCGCUCGCACCCCCGGCGGGCGCACCGCGGCCAUUGCCAUCGCGCUCGAGGAACAAGUGCUCGACGAGCCUGUCCCACGCGACGCUCACGAUAUGCCGUACGAUGCCCUUAUCACAGCCGAAGCACUGUAUUCCGUUUCUACAUUAUAA